CCUCACCUCAGUGUCAGUGUCAGGGAUGCGUCGCUCACAGCCUGUGGAAAACCAGGGCUCCAUGUCUCUGCUGGGAGCCGAGGGGGAACUGUGCUUCGUCCAGGACGAGGACUGCAGAAGUCAGGAGUCCGAGGGCAGCGAGGGCAGCAGAGGAGGCAGGACUGUCCGCAGCUCUGUGUCUCUGGAGAUCCACGGCCUGCGGAGGGAUGGACAGGUUCUCUUCUCCAACCAAGACUAUUACCAGCAGCUGGAGGAGCUGAAGAGCACCCACCUGAGGAACAUGGCAGAACUGGAGCGGCUGUACAUCCGAGCGGCGAGAGAGGGUCCGGACAGAGGGGUGCAGAGGGGCGCUGUCGGGGGCCCAGCCAGGACGCUCAUGUGGAUCAAUUCCCGAGAGGAGUUGGACGUCCACGAAAGCUGGAGCGGGUCCGACCAGUCCGAGCUGUCAGGAGAGGUCAACAUCCAGGAACUGCUGGAGGACAGUCCCAGACCAGUCCCAAGCCCGGAGCUCUCUGACAGCAGAAAUCUGCCCGGUCCUCCGAGGACCACAGUCCCCGGCGGGAGACGCUACAGGGCACCAAGAGUCACCGUGCCCAGACCCUUCAAGAUGAUGCUGAGGGAGGAGGACAGCCAGAGGAAGAAGGUGCGCACCCGCUCACAGGUGGAGCUGGAGAACACGCUGCUCCGCCGGGAGCUGGAGGAGCUGCAAGAGUGUGGCAAGAAGUUCAGGGCGUCACCAGCACCGGCGCACAUCCACCUGCCCCUCUGCCAGGUGGUCGGCCGACGCACUGCAAAGAAAGGGACGCCUCAUGACCAACAAGGGACCCAGCCGCUCCACUUCCUGAAGGGAGAGAAGAAGAAGAAGGAGGUGAGGACGGUGGCCCCCGAAUCGAAGGUGGAGCGAGCUGUUUUUAAAGCGAGGCCCGUGCCCAGCGCCGUGUACGGGCCGAGGCACGGACACCACACCAGGAACACGAGCCACAGGCCGCAGGAGCCGGCUGCCCGGGACCAGCCGGACUCGUCUCGCCGCUGCCUCUCGGUCAAGCCAGGGAAGAAACAAACAAAGGUUUCUAUCGAAAUGGUGCGAGGACAGGAGCGGCCCUCGGCGGGGCCUCCUGGAUCACGUGCAGGCCUCACGCUGUUUCCCUGAGCUGCUGUGUGAGGCCUGUUCCACACCCACACCAGGAAUAUGCUCUUAACAGAUGACCUUAUCACAUUAUAUGAUAUGGUUGUGAUGCAACAGUAACGUUACCCUAUGUUCAACUUUAUUCGUCUCUUUGUCAAUAUCUUCGAGUGUAAGGAUGAUAUUAAUGAGUUUGUCUGGCAAAAAUGUGUAUAGUUACAUUUUAUAUCGCAUAUGGUUUUGUCAUUUUAGA